GGGAAAGAAAAGUGACAGGGCCUUCUUUGAACUGUCAUUUUCCUAUAUAUACUCUCGAGGUAGUAACCCAAAAUCUAUCUCUCUUCCCCUCCCCAAUUUAUUCCAUCUUUUCUUUUUUAUCAUUCUCAUUUAUCAUUCCCACACAUCACACAUCCCUCUCUCCAUACAAGUAUGUCUGUUCCUUGAAGAGGAGAAAAAGUUUUUCUUUUGCCUUUAGCUGAGCAGCUCCCUACCUCCCUCUCUUUACAACCCACAAUUCCCCUUUUCUUUCUUCCUUUCUCUCAUCCUCUUUAUUAUUGUUUUGGGGUUUGAUUUUUGGAGAAUUAAGACACUACUCAUCGCCUGAAGAAGAAUAAAAAUGUCCCAUAAAGGGGAUUUCUUCGGAGAACAGUCUUUGAAUCCGAUUCCUGAUCUUUCCCUUCAUAUUAGCCCUCCAAAUAGUGCUCCUUCUUCCAUCUGCACUGGCACCAACGAUUCUUUCUUUGAUGUAUGGCGCAAAAACAACCCUCUGAAGUCCCACAGUGACAGUUCCAUAAAACCUGGUUUUCAAACCGACACAGACCUCUCCUUAGCAAAUCCUGCUUUGGAAGCUGAAAGCAGUCCCCGUCCCUGGCCGAGAAAUAUAAACCAGGGGAUCUCUCUGCUUGAUGUUUCGGGGCUUAAACCCAUAAAGGGGAUUCCUGUGUACAACAACUGUAUGUUCCCCUUUUCGGGUUCGGAUUGUUUACCCGACCUAGAUCCUAACAGGCUGCGGUUUUAUCAAGUUCCAUCUCCAGGGACUCCAGCUAAUUCUGCAGUCUUGCAUUCGGCUGAGGCGUAUAGGAUAGGAGGAAGUGCACCUAGGUUUAAUGGGAUCUCCAUGGAGACAAUAAGACCCCAGUUUCAGUUUAACCAAUAUGGGGCGUCUCUGGCUUCUUCAGAGUUUUGUAAUGGUAUGAUCAGAUCGAGGUUUAUACCUCCCAAGUUGCAGAACAAGAGGAACAUGAGGGCUCCCAGAAUGCGUUGGACCAGCUCUCUUCAUGCUCGUUUUGUUCAUGCUGUUGAGCUUCUCGGCGGCCACGAAAGAGCAACACCAAAGUCGGUUUUAGAGCUAAUGGAUGUGAAAGAUCUGACACUUGCUCAUGUGAAGAGCCAUUUACAGAUGUAUAGAACUGUUAAGAGCACUGACAAACCUGCAGCUUCAUCAGAUGGAUCAGGAGAUGAAGAUUUUCUGUCUCCCAGAAAUACCCCAACUCCAUCCAACGGUCCAAAUUUACCUACAGAGCAUGACAUUAAUCUUUGGAGCAACUCUUCUAGUGGAGGAGUUUGGUUGUCUCGUUCAAGGAAUCCAGAUGGACUUCGUCCAGAAACCGUAUCAUCUCAGCAAACAACACGAAAUCAGUUUGAAGGUAGCAGUUUUGCUCAAUCAAAGAGCUUUACUGGGUCGAACUCGGAUCGCCACCAUAAUCCAAGCUUGGAGUUCACCUUAGGAAGAUCUGACUGGCAGAGUAAAGAACAUGACUGAGUUAACUGAUUUAGUACACUACUUAACUUUCAGACUGAUAAAACCUAAAAUGGGGAAAGAAAACAAAACAAGGGAGAUAGGGACAUUGGCACAGGCCCUAGCUAGUCAUAUCUCCAGAAGUUAGGUAUGCAUAUGUUUAUGCCUGUAUAUUGAUGUUUUUCGGUCUAAAUUAAGCUGCUGAUCGAUGCUGGAGAUGAUGUGAUGUUAGUUAUGAUCAAAACAAGAGAAAAGAAAAAAAUGAGAUAUAAUAUUGGUGCAUCUUAUGGGUAAUAUAUUCUACUCUAAUUUUUCUCUUUAGUGGGGUGAGUUGAGAGUGAUUGGUGUGUGAAAGCUUGACAUUAUUUAUCUCUUUAUUAUGAGAAAAGGCAAUGGAAAAAGGCAUUUUGGGUGUAAAGACAUGGAGAAUAUUGAAUUCAUGCAUGCAUAAAAGAGUUCCUUCUUUAGUUUUAAGAUGCAUGGUUACUAGGACAUCAAAACUUUUAAGAAUUCAGAAUGGAAUUGUGUUGGCAUUACGGGGUGCAGGUUGUCCCACCUCAAUCUGAAGCUUUUGUGUUUUUUCAAAAUUGGCGAAAACUCUUUAAAUCUUGGGAUAGAUAUGAUUCCAUCAACUUGUUGGAUCUUUUUGCAUCGAUCAUUUCCAUCUUAAUUCGCUUGCAUAUAUAAUUACUUUGUGGAUUCCAUCUAUGUGAUUGCCUUCAUUUCUACUGUAAUGGGAAGUUGUAUCAUU